AACUCCACCACAUCCCUGUCGGAGGAGCUUCUAUCAGACACAGAACAUGGGGUAUCAUCUAUCACUGACGUUUCUUUCCUGCUAUGCAGCCUGUAUUGGACUUGCUGGAGCCGCUGGUAAAUUCGGUGGAGGUGGGUCAACAAUUAUAACGACUGAUGGAAUGGCUGGCGGUGGAAUGAUGACCGGCGGUGGAAUGACUGGUGGUGGAAUGAUGACCGGUGGCGGAAUGACUGGUGGUGGAAUGAUGACUGGCGGUGGUGGAAUGACUGGCGGUGGAAUGAUGACCGGUGGCGGAAUGACUGGUGGUGGAAUGAUAACCGGCGGUGGUGGAAUGACUGGUGGUGGAAUGAUGACCGGCGGUGGUGGAAUGACUGGCGGUGGAAUGAUGACCGGCGGUGGUGGAAUGACUGGCGGUGGAAUGAUGACCGGCGGUGGAAUGAAUUAUGGAAGAUUCGGAAUGAUCAGCAGUUCUGCCAUUCCUUUUUACGGAACGGGUAGUGGCAUGUACAGCGGAAUGUGUGGCAUGUUUCCUGGAAACAGCUGGACAUAUUAUCGCUCUACUGGUGGCAUUCCUUUUUACGGAAUAGAUGGGGGAUCUAUGGGUGUUGGAAAGAUGGGAGGCGGAACUAUGGGUGGUGGAAUUAUGGGAGGCGGAGCCGGUAUGGGAAUGGGAGGUGGAGCUGGUAUGGGAGGAGGGGCUGGUAUGGGAGGCGGCGCUGGUAUGGGUAUGGGUAUGGGAGGCGGUAUGGGUAUGGGUAUGGGAGCCGGUAUGGGUAUUGGUAUCGGAGGCGGAGCUGGUAUGGGAGGUGGAGCCGGCAUGGGAGGCGGCGCUGGUAUGGGUAUGGGAGGCGGAGCUGGUAUGGGUAUGGGAGGUGGAGCUGGUAUGGGAAUGGGAAGCGGAGCCGGUAUGGGUAUGGGAGGCGGCGCCGGUAUGGGAAUGGGAGGUGGAGCUGGUAUGGGAAGCAGUAUGAGUUCAUCAAGCAUGAUGAGUGGCGGGUUCAUGGGAGGAGGGGCUAUGGGAGGAGGAGCAAUGGGCGGCGGGGCAAUGGGUGGAGGAGCAAUGGGAGGCGGUGGAAUGGGUGGAGGAGCAAUGGGAGGUGGUGGAAUGUCUUUCAUCACCACCAGUCGUAAAGGAAAAAAAAAAGGUUCCUAUUAAACAAGACGAAAUGAAGUAACCAACUGGAAGAAGACGCCAGAUGAUCAUUGACAUUCAUUUCCAUUAAAAUCUACGUAAAAAGAAAUACAUAUAAAUCACAUGACGCCGUCGUUUAUAUACUUCGAUUUUGUUAUGUGUCCUUGUGGAUGGUUGAUGUAAUGUUUUAAAGAAGCUCUUGCAUCAUAUGAUCGAUGUCAAUGAUCAUAUA